AAAAUAUGGACAAAGUGCUCCUCUUUACCAUUGUGGAUUAAGAACAUGUAUUCAACACUGAACAGCAACUCAUUUGAUGAGUUUCGGUAUCAUCGGCAUUUGUUGAGAAAUGGUUACCCGCUUGUAAAGCAACAUGUCCCAGGGAGAUAUUUGUGCCCUCUUUGUCCCAAACCUGAUGAAGCUGGUACUCUGAUUGAAUCAAUGGAUGCUUGUUUUGGUCUUGUGAGAAAAAAGACUUCAGGGAAGGCUCAAUUCUUGUCAAGGCAUAAUUCCAUUUUGUUCCACAAUCAAGAAGAAGUUGAUUCAUUUGUUGAUAACUACACUUCAAGUGCUGAACAAGCUAAAACUGUAAGUAUUGGGAAAUGUGGUUGA